AUAAACACAAAGCUAUUCUUUUAUAACAUUCCAACAAAAGAAGAACCUGAACACCGUGGCCCACCACCACGACAACCACAACCACCACUAACACCACCUCGUCCACCACCACGAAGUCACCGGACAGGAGAGGAAACCAAUUCAUGCCCUAGAUUUAGAACCAGGAUCCUUUUAUUAGGACAAGAUCUACACUCUACACAUUUCACUUAUAUAUACACUUUAUAUAUGUGUGUAUAUAAAGCUUCUUUAAUUCAUCAGUACUUGUGCCUUUAGGGGUAGAAAGCAGGAUACUUUUCUGUUGGGUUUUGGUUUCUUGGUGAGAGAGAGAAGAGAGAAGAGAGGAUGGGAAGAGGGAAAGUGGAGCUGAAGAGGAUAGAGAACAAGAUCAACAGGCAAGUUACUUUUGCAAAGAGAAGGAAUGGUUUGCUUAAGAAGGCUUAUGAGCUUUCUGUGCUUUGUGAUGCUGAGAUUGCUCUUCUUAUUUUCUCUAACCGUGGCAAGCUCUACGAGUUCUGCAGCAGCCCUAGUGGUAUGGCGAAGACGGUUGAAAAGUAUAGAAAACAUAGUUAUGCAACAAUGGAUCCAAAUCAAUCAGCUAAAGACUUGCAGGAGAAGUACCAAGACUACUUGAAGCUCAAAUCAAGAGUUGAGAUCCUUCAACAUUCACAACGGCAUUUGCUAGGCGAAGAGAUAACCGGAAUGGGAGUGAAUGAGCUCGAGCAGCUAGAACGCCAAGUAGAUGCGUCACUAAGACAAAUAAGAUCCACCAAGGCUCGGUCUAUGCUUGAUCAGCUAUCUGACCUCAAAACAAAGGAGGAAAUGUUAUUGGAAACCAACAGAGAUCUUAGGAGAAAGUUGGAAGAAAGCGAUGCAGCUCUUACUGAAUCACUAUGGGGAGAUACUUCUGGCGCAGAACAUUCCCAGCAACAACAGCAACAGCAACAGCAACAGCAACAGCAACAGCAACAGCAACAACAAGGCAUGAGCUCUUAUCAAGCAAACCCUCCGAGUCAAGAAGCGGGUUUCUUCAAGCCUUUGCAAGGCAAUGUAGCAUUGCAGAUGAGUCAUUACAAUUCAGCUGUGACAAAUGCAAGCAAUUCUGCAACAACAUCACAGAAUGUUAUUAAUGGAUUCUUCCCUGGGUGGAUGGUCUGAAACAAUAAUAAUACAUAUAUAUGCAUACAUAUGUGUGUUUUAUAGAUCAAAGAUCAAUGCUUUUGUGAUUUGAUUUUUGUAAGAGAAGCAUAGUUCAUGAUUACAAACUCUGUUAUAUAAUCAAGGGCUGUAGGCCUGUAGUGUCUCAUACCCCCAGAUUAUUAUUUUGUUUUUGUUGUUCCUGGAACAUAACAUUAUUUUUGAGCUUCCUUUACAUAUAAAAAUUUGUGGGAG